CGUAAUUACCAGCCUGACCUUACCAUCGGCGCCCGGCCUCUGUCACCGACGGGACACCAAACAAUGCAGCAACAUGGGGCGCCCGUCUGUCUGCCAGUGGGCAGUGGCCCAGUGCCAGCACCGGAGCCAGUGCAGUCUCACCGUCUCAGUCAUCGCGCACUGGGAGAGUCGCUGCAUCGCUGAAGUUUCCCUCGACUGCGCCUCAAUCUUUCGCCAAUUUUGGUCCACUGCUGCUGGGAUCAAGCCGGCGGUCCGGCAGAGACUCCCAUGCCUGGCCCUUCUUCACGCCAUUCCAACUGCCCUGCGCUGAUGUUUGGAAACUCACGAGUGGCAUAAACGAUUCCCCAUGACGAGGCCACAGAGGCCCAUGCCCUUUUGACCUCAGGCGUAUCGCAGCACUCACAUCUUAGCGCGUCUACCAUCCCAAACACGCCACUGACAGCCGCGUCUUUCAUUAGCUAUACGUUUGUUACGAGCCGUUGAAGCCUGCGGCAACAAGAUACCUACAACAAAGGCGGCAGCACUAUAGUAACUUUUGGUGACGAAGGGACCUCCUCCACUGUAGUGGCAUGACGACAUUUUGGCCUUCAGCCCAGUUGCCCGUAUCAUCAGUCAUCCAUUCCAACGUCGUAUGGGAUUCGAGAGCUCGGAAGUUAGAACCUGCACCCCUGAUGCUCACAAACCACAACCUUCAGCCUCACCACCAAUCAUCAAGUCGGAAAUGACAUCACACUCUUUCCCUUCGGCCUUUCUCGACCAUUGGAUUCACUCUCUGAAAUCGAGUCGUGGAGAACAGCUCAACGACUUCCCAAACUACUACGUUUCUCAUCCCGAGAGCUUGGUGACAACAUGUAGCCCCAAGUCUCUCACCGUCGGCAACGGCGCCAGCAUCUACAGAAACGCUCUCCUGCCGGCUAUACUUGGUGCGAAACACGAGGUGAUUUUGGUUACGUGCUUCUGGGCUCCGUCCGAUACCUUGAGUGCCGUCAAAGAAACCCUGGAACUCCUUGCCGAGCGACGCAGAGAAGCCAUCGAAACGACCGGCCAAGAUGCCGUCACCCCAUUACGCGUCCGCAUCUGUUUUUCGUCGCGUAGCUUCUUCCAGAAGAUAUUCCAUCCGUGGUCGCGAGACGGAUACGCGUACCCAACCUCAGCGUGGCCAAAGCUCGGAUUGCCCCCAGACAGCAGCCUCAGGGCGGCCCGCAUCGAUCUUACCGUCAAGAGCCUGUUCUUCUUGCCCUUCAGCGUCAUGCAUCCAAAGUUUGUCAUCGUCGACCGCCAGCGCGCUUGGAUGCCCAGUUGUAACGUGAGCUGGGAGACGUGGUUCGAAGGCUGUAUUGGGUUCGAGGGUGCAGCCGUUGCUCAACUCGUCAAAUUCUAUAACAAUGUGUGGGAGCCCGCCGCCGGCGCGCGAGAGAUCCCCGACGACCAAGAUGACGGUGGUCGUGAGGCGAACCAGGGGCUAGGUCAAGUCGAUCAAGACACUGGCCGAACUGUUCCAUCUCGCGGUCCACCUUCGGACGACGAGACCGCGUGUCGACGGCUUAGCCUCGCAAGUCUCCCGCCCUGUCCGACUCUGAUCUUACCCUCAUCUCAUCACUGGUACCUGGGCUUCCGCUUCGUCCCUGUUUGGCGGCGCACUACCGCUCCUACCACACCUCUCAAUGCGGCUCUGCUGUCUUUGUUCGCUUGUGCCCGAACCGACAUUGAUAUCGUGACGCCGAACCUGACUUGCCGAGCAGUCGUCGAUGCGCUCCUCGAUGCACUUCGUCGCGGUGUCAGCGUCCGCAUCAGGACAAGCAAGAACAUGAUGUUAAUCGAACAACUCGUCACGGCUUGCACCACGACGGAAUGGACCCUCAAUUCACUCGUCAAGCGAUACGCCCAAGCUUGCGCAGAGUGGAACCGGAAACGCUCGGUAGACGCCGAGUCGCAUUUGCAACGGCCAGGCCGCCUCGACAUCUACUACUACCGCCCGAACCUGCAGGCGACGGCGGUGCGGGAUCCAGAGGAGCCGGUCGUGUCGCACUUGAAGAUGACGCUCGUUGACAAGGAGUUCCUCUUGCUGGGCUCAGGCAACCUGGACCGGGCCAGUUGGUACACGAGUCAGGAACUGGGCAUCCUGCUUCAUAUACCAGACUUUCAGUCCGACAUCUGGUCUGAAUCUCUCGAGUCCAGGAUCGAGGUCCGAUUUAGCGGCGAGCCCGGCGAUGGGAUGAUGGGCUAGUCAGUCGCUUGUUUGCAUACAUACAACGUGUGUGCCUCUCAUUCUGCCUCGUCUUUAGAAUCCUACUUUAAAUACCCGCGCCCUGUAAUGUUUACUGAUUCAUGACCAACAGUGCCAAGCGUGUCUCCUCCGUCUCACUUCUAGGGCAUCAUACGGCGGGGAUCAUUUCGUCUUCACGACGAGCAGUCCAGAGAAUGGCCCUGAGAAUCUGUCCAACGAACCAUGUGUCCUCGUACGCCUCUUCAUAGUGGCCCAGGGCCGUAUAGAACGAUCUUCCACCGUCGAACUCUUGACACCAUACGAGCGGGUGAUCAUCCCCCAUAGAACCGCCAUUGAAGCUUGUCGGGUCGCCCCGAGCCAGGAUGUGGAGGUUUUCGUUGCUUCUAGGAUGCGACAGAAAGUUAUACCACUCGUCCGUCCACUGUUUCCGAACACCGUCGCACGCCUCCGUCGGAUGGUUUCCGCCUCCACGGCGCAUUAUGAAAUGCCCCGGAUCUUCAAUGACACAGGUGCCCUCCUCAGGCGGCGGAUGCUGGUCAAAAUGCGCGCCGACCAGCUUGCCAUACCACUCAUCCUCCCUCAAUCCCGAUGCGGCGGCGUGCACCCCCACGAAUCCGCCGCCCGAGUUCACGUGUCCUUUCAAAGCCGAGAGUUGUUCAACAUUGAGAAACGUUCCCGUGCAGUGAAGGAACACGAUGGUUGCGUACGUUGCUAGGGAUCGAGGAUUGAUAGAGGCCUCGGCGUCCUCGCUGCGAUCGACGGUGAAGAGUCCCGUGCGCUCGCCCAGGGCCUUCACGGCAGAGACAGCAGCUGAGAUGCAAUCAUGUCGAUAGCCAGAGGUCUUGCUGAAAGCCAAAACGCGGAAAGGCUGUCUUGUCGGCUUCAAGUUGGGCGUCAUUGCUAAUUGAGGUGACGGGUGUCGUCAGAGGAGGAUCGUGAUGAUGGUGGGGUG